AUGGUCAAGUCAACAUUCGAUCCUACUGCCAUAACUAAAUCUUAUUGUUUCUCGAUUAUACUAUCAUUUCUUCCAGAUAUUUUCAUGGCUUUUUUCAUUAUCAUGAUUUUGCUAUUUUCAACAUUUGAUAACACAAAUGAAUGCUUACCAAAACCGGAUAUUAUCGAAAAGAAAACAUCAGUCAAUAUGGGAUUAGCGGAAGCAGUAAAUUCAGUUGGGAAUAUUGUGAAAAAAUUAGUUAAUGUCACUGAAUUAGUUGGUAAAGUGGAAAAUAUUAUGAGUGAUACCAUUUAUAAUGCUAGCCAUAUUUCAAAAAUUAAUGAAACUGUGCAAAUGGAUGAAAGUAUUGUCGAAAAAGUUUCUAAGAAAUGUCACAUAUCAGAAGAAUGUGACAAAUUGUGGAAGCAUUUCUUUGGAAAAUGUGGAUGUCAAUAA